AUGGGCAAAAAUAGUAAAAAAAAAAAAAAUAUUCAUCAAAAUGUUGCAAACACAGCAUUUAAUAAUAAACCAUCUUUAAAAUGGCGAUUAAUUAAUAAAGAAUCAAAUUUUUUUGAUAAAGCAUUUGAAGAAAACUUAAUUAACUUUCAAAAAAUGUCACUAAAUGAAGAUAAUAAUUCUUCACAAAAAGAAGAUAACAUAGAAGAAAAAAUUGUACGAACUCGAAAAAAGUUGAAAAAAAAAAAAAAAAGAAAGAUAAAAGAUAGAAUUAGAAAAAAGAGACCAUUUCAAAAACAGAAAAAGAGAAAAUUUAAAAGAAGAUAA